AUGACACUAGAGGUAGAAUUUUUAAUCAAGGCCGUAAGCCUUAAUGUCCAAAUUCAGACUGCUGAAUGGAUGACAAAAGUAGUUGUAAGGCGCAAAUUACCAAGAGAAACUUUAGAUAAAUUGUGUACUAUGUACAAUAAAACCUCUCUGACCAUGAAUGAAAUUACAGUUGUUAAAGUCUUGGUACGUUUAGGAGGCUGCACCAGCCCAAUUCAAGCCAUAAUCGUCGACAAGAUCCCCUCAGAUUUACAAGUUACAGGUCUUGCUCAAACAGUCAAAUUUCUUAAACGCAGCGGUAUUAGUGUUGCGGAUCAUAAAAUAAAUACAGACUGUCUCAACGAUGUUGGCAUAGUCCCUGAUCAACGCAGUCCAGAUGACACAUGGACGUAUCAACAAUAUCUUGAUACUGUGAUUUUCCAAGAUAAUCAAUAUUGGGUGAGACUCCUGUGGAAGUUGAACCACCCACAGCUUCCAGUAAAUUAUUUCAUGACCUCAACCCAAUUAAAUUCUCAAUUAGCUAGGCUACGGAAGCAACCAGAUAAUUUGCAACUGUAUCAGGCUUUAAUACAGCAACAACUUGAAAGCAAAUUUAUAGAAGUUGUUGAAGAAGACAACCAUAAGACAGGCCAUUAUUUGCCACAUCAUGCUGUCCUGAAAGAUUCGGUUACAACACCAAUCAGGAUUGUAUUUAAUUGUAGUGCCAAAUUAAAGGCAGACAGCGUGUCAUUAAAUGAUUGUCUACAAACUGGACCUAGCCUAACCCAAAGACUACAAGAUGUCUUAUUACGAUUUCGCUCUGGUGUUUUCGCCUAUACGGCCGACAUUAGUAAGGCCUUUUUAAGAGUAGGUUUACAAGAGACGGAUCGUGAUUUUACUAAAUUUCUCUGGGUGAAAGAUCCACAGGAUCCUAAUAGUGAAAUCAUUACUCAUAGAUUUGCCUCAGUACUGUUCGGAGCGACAUCUUCACCAUUCUUACUCCAGGCUACUCUGGAUACACAUCUUAAGAAGUCUAAUAGCCCCUACAAGACUGAGAGUAGCAACAAUUUAUACGUUGACAAUUUUCAAGGAACCACUUAUGAUGAGAAUAAACUAGUGGAAAUCUACCAUGAGGCUAAUCGUGAACUGUUGGGAGCUAACAUACCCCUACAGUCGUGGGCCUCCAAUAAUAAGCAACUCAACCAAAUAAUCGAGGAAGAAUUCCCUGAUUAUAAGAGACUUAAUAAUCCCAUGAGAUUGAGUCAUGCUAAGCUUCCUAUGCUGAAUGCUAUAAUGCACCACUUGUACAAAGUCUUUACCAAGGACAUCCCACGGAUAGAAAUAAAAUUCCGCCAAGAAGCCAUCACAAAUAGGCGAUUUAGCCUUCUUUGA